AUGGCUGUGAUGGACAUAACAUCUUGUGGCCAAUUCUGGUUUACUCACGGGAGCUACUGCUAUAAAGCAGUUUCCACCCUUCAAACCUGGGUAGACUCUAGAGACAACUGUCGCUCAUUGGACGCGGAGCUGGCCUCCGUCACAGACGUAUGCGAGCACGCUUUUCUCGUUGGGUUUUUGACGUCACUAGAAUGGGAAACGAAGUAUGUGUGGCUGGGCGUAAAUGACGCCAUUGAGCAGGGCACGUGGAAUUGGCUUAGUCGGGAACCGUUCGUAUUUUCGGCUUUUGGGACCGGACAGCCGGACGAUACAUCAGACCAAGAUUGUUUGUCCAUGGAAGCACGGUUUGGUUGGAGGGAUCUUCCUUGUUCUCAGUCAAGAAGAUCCUUGUGCAAGAAGAGGGCGAAAUGA